AUGACAUCACGGCGACGUUCUCGUAGGUUAGCAUCACAAGAACCGGAGGAUUUUAGUGCAUCUUCAUCAGCUAAUGCCUUCGAAAUUGGUAACGAUGAACAGACUCCUGUCACAAUAAAAUCAAAUGAUGAAAACAAGCGAACAGCAGAGAUGAGGGUCGAAACUUCGCAGAAACACAUGCAGAAUCCAAGUCCUCAAAGUUCACCAGUUGCUUUACGAACGCGAUCACGUUGCUCUAGCAUGGAGUCGAAUGAUGCAGGCAUUGUUAGGGACACUCAGAAAGCAGUCAAUAUAAUGUUAACUCCAAAAAAAAACUUAACGAUUGCAGUGAGAUCGUGCCGAAAAAGGACUUCGCUGAUGCCUCAAUUAGAAGAAGUUGUUGAAGAGCAAUUAAAAUGCGAGGUUGAAGGUAAUAAUGAAGAGAUACCAUUGGAAAAGAAAACAGAAACAAAAGUGUCGAGAAAGAAAGGAAAGUUGUCCGAAGAUGGAAGAACACAUGCUGAAAGAUGUGAAGGAACUUCUACAAAGAGUUCUAAUGAAAAAUGUGCUUUCGUGGAAGAUGUAUCCGGUGAAAAGAAGUCAACAAAACAGGAAAAAAAUGUAGAGAAGUCACGCGAUAUAUCAGAGAGAAGCCCAAAGGAAUCAUCUGCAAAAGUUGCGAAGAAGUCACUGACGAAGAAUCCAAAAAAGUCGCUUAUAAGCAAUACGGAUAGUUUUAUGCAAGACAUAAAGAUUUCCCCAGCAAAAAAUUCAGAAAGGUCAUUGACAUCACCGUCAUUGAUUUUGAAAAAGGUUCAAGAAAAAAGUCCAGAAGAAAUGCUAACAAACAGUUCAUCACAUGGUACUGAUGAUUUAGAGCAUGAAGUCAAACUUACCAGUGACAAAAAUUUAGAAAAAAAUAUCUUGAACAUAUGGCCUGAGCUGGAUGACCUGUUAUCGUUAUGGUUGAGACGUAAUGAGCAGAGUAUACUUGUGGAUAAUGUUGAAAAAGCAUAUGCAUUUGUGAACGAAUUAGAUACAGCAGUGCCGACGAUAUCGCAGGAACUAAUUACAUCCAAUAGUGAGAUGAUUUGGCAACAAAUUGCUUAUGGAAACAAAAAAUUCCACCGAUAUUUUGCAAAAACAAAGCAUUUUUUGGACAUUGAAAUACCUGCAGAUAAGGAACCUGUAAAGAAAGGAGGUAGUUCACUUGCAUCAAUUGUUACACCGCGAUUUCAAGACGAAAGUUCUGAUAACACUGAAGAGAAUAACACUGAUCUCUUUAACCUUACAGAAGACGAAGUUAAGAAAUUUGAUAGGGACUUCGAUGGUAGUAAAAUUGGUGAAAGUGAUGAUGAUGAUGAUGAUGAUGAUGACUAUAGUAAUACAUCGAAUAGCGAAGAUAUUGGCGUUUCUAGAGUUUCUGAUAGCGCAGUAAAAAAGCGUUGGAAGAGUGAAGUUGAUGAUAAUUUUUUCUCAAUGGCUGAGAUGGAGGAAUAUUUGGAUAAGCAGGAAAGUCAGGCACAAUUGGACGAAAAUCUUUUCGAACAGUUUGACAAGGAUGAUGAUGAUUUGCAAAAUACGCAGGUUGAUUAUCAUUAUGCUGAUUUUUAUGAGAGCAAAAAUAGUGGAGAAGAAAAUGGUUCGAAAAUUGCUUCGAAGAAGUUGAACAAGUUGAAAAAGAUUUCACAAUCUGACGGAGUGGACAAUCGUACGGGGAAAAGAGUUACAUUUGCUGAUGAGGUCACUAGUGAUAUGGAUUACGAGAGUAACGAUGAUGACAGUUGUGAUAACGAUGAUGAUAGUCGUGGCGAUAGCCCAGAAACAGCUGUCCUCCUUGGUCAAGUGGAUGAGGACGAGAAUAAUGAAACUGAAUUUCGACUUCGACAGAAAAAACUCCAAGAGCGAAUAUCUGCAAUAGAGCAAGCAAAUUUAGCUCCUAGAAGUUGGGAUUUAAGUGGUGAAGUGACAGCUAUAGAAAGGGAAGAAAAUACUGUGUUAGAGAAAUAUCUCGAUUUCGAUCAGUCGACACCACGCGCGCCACUUGUUACGGUUGAUACAACUGCCCAGCUAGAAGCGAAGAUAAUCCAACGAAUCAAAGAUAAAGCAUUUGAUGAUGUAAUAAGGACGGAACGUAAACCAGAAGCAAAUGCGGCAUAUCGAGCACCAAUUGCAGAAUCGGAAAUUGUGAAAAAAUCUCUUGCAGAAGUUUACGAAGAACAGUAUCAGAAAACCCAAUAUGGACAGGUAGGAGGUGAGGAGAAGCCAAAUGAAAAGCACGAAGAAAUCAAAAAGCUGAUAUCAUCUUUGUUCCAAAAAUUAAAUGCUCUAAGCCAUUAUCGUUACAUUCCAUCUGAAGUUCAACCAGAAGUACGCAUCUUAAAUAACAUGCCUUCACUUCAAAAAGAGGAAGUAGGACCUUUAGCAUCUACCGAUGCUGUGCUUUUAGCUCCGGAGGAGAUACACAAACAUAUCAGUGGUCCAAUCAAAGGGGAUGAUGAGAAAACAAAAACAGAUCGAUCUCGCUUACAUCGCAAAAAAAAGAAGUGGCAACACAUUAAACAGUUAAGAAAACAAGAAGCAGAGUUUGCGAACAAAAUGGAAAAUGAUAUAUCUGCUAAAAAACCUAAGUUAGCUUCCCAGUACGACAAUAAAAGGGGUAAUAUGAAGUUAACAUCAACUUCGUUUUUCCAGCGUCUGCAAACCAAAGCUGCGGAGGAGGUGAAAAGUAAGAAACACAAGAUGACAGGAAUGGGUACGACAAAGAAGAAAUUAAGUACAAAUUAUAAACUCUGA